UACUUUUUAUUCAAUGAUAUUGUUACUUUUUAAGUAACAAUAAUAAAUCAAGUUACUUUUCAUGACAUUCACACAAUACUGUUGCUUAAGGUAACAAUAAAAUGUUACUUUUUAUGAGUUUAGCACAAUAGCGUUGCUUUUUUUUCUUGCAAACUUGUCUUUUUUAUUUAGUAAGAAAGACAUCGUCACUAUUUAAGUAACAAUAAUACAAAUUACUUCUUUUAUGUCAAUAGAGAACAAAAACAAAGAGGUUUCAGUACAGACUUAAAGAGAGAGAGAGUGACAGAUGAUUUAUCAUCAUACAGCCAAAACUUCCUCAUUUUAGUUUCUUUCCUCUGUCGACCCCUCCCUAGUGCUCUCUCUCUCUUUCUUUCUCUGUCUCUGUCUCUGUCUCUCUUUCUCUCUGAGACACACACCCUUCCGCGAGCAGCAGUGGGCGGUCAUCUCUCUCUCUCUCUCUCUCUCUCUCUCUCUGUCUCUCUGUCUCUGGGCUCAUUGAGGUUCAGGGUCAGAGGAUGUCAGGUCGCUCUCAUGAGAGUGUGAAGCUCAGAUGAUGCUCUGUGCUUGUGUGUUUGCUGUGCUCACGGUGAGGAUGGACUCUCACACGCCGCAGUGAAUCGUUCACACACUCUAUGGAGGAUCCGGCCGCCACGCUUUGACACAGAGGUUUACCGUCUGAAGGUGUAGGUGUCGUUCGGGUGGGUUGUUAGGUCAGUCGUACUUCACCAUGGCUGACACAGGUGAGAGUGUGAAUAAAAACAUGAACGUGUUCGUGGUGGACAGCCAGGCGCUCCCGCGUCAGGUGGCCAUCAGGACGGGCGGCCGGCAACUCUACGUCAUCUACCUGCUGCUGGCCGUGGCUCUGCUGGGCGUCUUUAUCGAGGCUGGACUCAUCUGGCACCUGUACAGGAGGCCCGUGACAUCAUCAGAUCCUGUUAAUGCUGCUGGUAAUAUUCCUCAACAGCCAGAGAAGUACAGCAGUUCACAUGGUUCUAAUGAAAUUUUGCCUCCCAAACUUCCCCAAGCUGAGAGCAAACCAGCAGCACUUCUGCAAAUCGCUUCGCCCGCGUCCGGCGGGAACGGCGUCCUGCAGUGGAGGACCGACAGCUACCCGGUGUUCAUGAGGGCUCUGGAAUACAAGAACAACAGCCUGUACAUCCAGCAGGACGGAUACUAUUACAUCUUCUCCAAGAUCGCUUACCUGGACACCUGCAAGUACUUCAAGCACCAGGUCAUGCAGUGCACGGAGAGGUACAACUUCAAGGCCAUCGAGCUGAUGCAGAACUCCAGGCUUAUCUGUGCCUCCAAUAAAUCCCACUGGAGGGACAACAGCUACCUAGGCGGCAUCUUCCACCUGUUUAAAGGAGACAGCGUGUUCGUGAAGGUCAAUAACAGCUCGCAGGUGCACGGCGAACCCUACGAGAAUUACUUUGGGGCCUUCAUGGUCUGAGUACUGACAUACUGCUGUGAGAAAAUCUCACACACACUCUCAGGUUCUCAUACCAGUUUUGAAAUAUAAUUUUUUAGUUUUUUUAAUCUUUGCAAUAUAGAAAUGUGCUAUUUUUGUAUUUCUGCAACUGAAUGAUAUAUAUUUAGCGUGUACUGUUGAAAUCUGACCUUCAGAUCUCCUUCGAUUUAAAUUAUUAUUCUGCUGGUUUUUGCGUUAGAGGUCCAUUCUCAGGAAAGAGUGCUGUUUAAAACAACAAAUAUGUUUUUAAUCAUUUUAUUGUUAUAAUUAUUAUUUAAGAAAUCAUGUUUCAAAUGCUUGUAAACACGUUAUCUGUCUUCUACACUCAAUAAUUACAAUAAAGGUGCUUCACGAUGCCAGAGAGGAACCAUUUUUGUCUAAACGGUUCCAAAAAGAACCUUUAACAUCUGAAGAGCGAAAGUGCCGUUUUGUGGCGAAAGAAGGUUCUUUAGAUUAUAAAAAGGUAAGAAAGAGAUGGUUCUUUAAAGAACCUUUGACUAAAUGGUUCUUUGUGGAAUCAAAAAUGGCUCUUCUAUGGCAUCGCUGUGAAGAACCUUUCAAAGUGUGUCCUUUAUCUAUUAUAAGCUGAAGUAUGAGUUUGUUCAUGGCUGGAGAUUUGAAAAAGAAAAGAAAAAAGCAAUGGAUCCUCUGCAGUGAAUGGGUGCUGUCAGAAUGAGAGUCCAAACAGCUGAUAAAAACACCACUCCAGUCCAUCAAACAAAAGACAAAAGCUGAAACAAAUCCAUAUUUCUGGCUAAAAUAUGAGUCCGUAAUCUACAGUAAUGCUUCCUCCAGCGAAAAAGUCCUUGAAAACAUAUUUGUUUAGAGCUGUUUUUGCUCGUAAACAGUGCUUGAUCUGUGCAGAUUUCUCUUCUGAUUCAGACCAGGCCACUUUUUCACUGGAGGAAUCAUUGUUAUGAAUAAUGGACUCUUGUUCUAGUUGUCUUAAUGACGGUUUGUUCAGGUUUUGUCUUCCUGAGAUGUUAACUGAUGGACUGGAGUGGAUUACUGUGUUGCUUUUAUCAGCUGUUUGGACUCUCAUUCUGACGGCACCCAUUCACAUCCAUUGGUGUGACAGUGAUAGAAUGACACAUUUCUCCAAAUCUGGUGAAGAAACAAACUCAUCUACAUCUUGGAAGGCCUGAAGAGAACAUUUUCAUUUUGGGAUGUAUUACUCCUUUAAGUGCGUCUAACGAGGCCGUGCACUUGAAAUGAUCAAACGUUAAGGUGUGCGUUGAGGUUCACGUUUCGAGUGCGGGCAUGACGUUGUUGAUGUUAUUUAUAAAAGUACAUACUGUAUUUUGAUAUUGACUGUAAUGUGCAUUAAAUGUAUAUCAUCACAAUAAAAUAUUGCA